AUGGCACCGACCCGUUAUCCUUCCACUCGCCAAGAGAGGGAGGUUGUCGCUCGCUCCGUGAAACCAGCCUUACGCCGUACCCUCCGUUGUAGGAACCAUGACACCCACGUUUUCACUAGGAAGCCAAGACUCCACUCCCGGCUUGGAACGGGCGGGCCGAAACUAGCCAAACCGAACCCGGCUCUGCGGGCCGUGGUAACAUUCCUUCACUUCGGAACCCCCACAUGGGUCACAAGCUCGUGUUACCAAGCUCGGCAAUUGAGCGACCCCGCACUCGCUCUAACCAUCUCCACCACCGAGACCUCAUCAUCUUCAAAGAACCCUCAUUCUCCUUCCUCAACAAACUCCUCCGUUCCACAAGCAUCACUUUCACCUUCGUCCCUCCCAAACCGAAACCCGAACUCCUUGCAAAGCUCCGAGGUGGGUUUGAUUUGA